AUGUCAGAUAAAGAUGAUAAGAAUGAUAGCAGUAGUGGUAGUGGUGGUGGUGGUAAAGAAGGAAAAGUAAUAGUUUCAAAUGUAUCGGGAUCUACUGCUGGUAGUGGCAGUGGUGACUUUCAUGUAUAUAGAAAUCAGAGAAGAAAAGAGUUGACAAGAUUAGAAAAGCUAGAAAAGGGUGCUAUCAUAGAUCAAGAGAAUAAAGAGUUUCAAGAGAGAAGAGAAGACAAAAUAAAAGAAUCUGAAGAAAGAACAGCAAAGAAAUCACAAAAAAGAAAACUGAAGAAACAACAGAGAAAACACAAUGAAAUCAGAAAGAAAGUAGAGGUAGAAUUAGAAAAGAUAAAACAAAAACAAAACUCAAGUAAAGAUGAUGAUAGUAAAGAAGCUAGCGAUAAAGAGUAG